AGUCUCUCGAUGAUGAUACCAAAACUAUAUUAUGGAAUGAGCAGAUAUGGGUUCGAGUAAAACAUAAUUCAGACGAUGUUAACAAUAUUCGUACAUUUCAAGGUUGUAAUCACUUUCCUAGAUCGGAUUCUAUUUUCUAUGUUGUUGAUACAGCAGGCAUCGAGGCUCAACAAAUAAUUAGUAAUAUUAUACGUGGACUACAAAGAUCGUACUUGCAAAGAAAUGUACCAUCAUUAGGGCGGGUCUAUUCCGUUUUUGCAGAAAGAAAGAAUACCUUCAAA